CGGACCUGCCGGGCGCUCCCGGCACCUCUCGGCAAACUUUUCCCCGGCCCACGUGCUAGCGAGGCGCCUCGCUUCCCCUGCCCGGGAUGGAGCGCCGCGCCUAGGCUCGCCGCACGGUCCGAGACGUUCAAGGUUUGAGAGAUGCUGGCCGCUCCGAACUGACCAGUGCGGGAGCUCCCCCCCCCCCCGCCCCGGGCUAGUGGCCACUCGCCCUCGGCGUCUCUCCUGGCAGCGCGGUGGGCGCCGGCUCCUCGCAGGAGCUAUCCGGUUCCCCGACUUUGAGAGGCGCCUCUCCCCCGCCCGACCGCCCAGAUGCAGUUUCGCCUCUUCUCCUUUGCCCUCAUCAUCCUGAAUUGUAUGGAUUACAGCCACUGCCAAGGCAAUCGAUGGAGACGCAGUAAACGAGCUAGUUAUGUAUCAAAUCCCAUUUGCAAGGGUUGUUUGUCUUGUUCAAAGGACAAUGGGUGCAGCCGAUGUCAACAGAAGUUGUUCUUCUUUCUUCGGAGAGAAGGCAUGCGCCAGUAUGGAGAGUGCCUGCAUUCCUGUCCAUCCGGGUACUAUGGACACCGAGCCCCAGAUAUGAACAGAUGUGCAAGAUGCAGAAUAGAAAACUGUGAUUCUUGCUUUAGCAAAGACUUUUGUACCAAGUGCAAAGUUGGCUUUUAUUUGCAUAGAGGCCGCUGCUUUGAUGAAUGUCCAGAUGGUUUUGCACCAUUAGAUGAAUCCAUGGAAUGUGUGGAAGGAUGUGAAGUUGGUCAUUGGAGUGAAUGGGGAACUUGUAGCAGAAAUAAUCGCACAUGUGGAUUUAAAUGGGGUCUGGAAACCAGAACACGGCAAAUUGUUAAAAAGCCAGCAAAGGAUACGAUACCGUGUCCAACCAUUGCCGAAUCCAGGAGGUGUAAGAUGGCCCUGAGGCAUUGUCCAGGAGGAAAGAGAACCCCAAAGGCAAAGGAGAAGAAGAACAAGAAAAAGAAGAGGAAGCUGAUAGAAAGAGCCCAGGAGCAACACAGUGUCUUCCUAGCUACAGACAGGGCUAACCAGUAAAAUAAAAGACACGUAGGGUAGAUUUUGGGGGAGGGGGUCGUUUUUGCAAAAGUGCACAAAACUCCUCUCCACUCGUGGACCCUGGCAUGCAGCUUUUGCGCUGCUUUGACCAGUAUCUGUUCCCAGUAAUGUUGUGAACGGAGGAGCCACGAGCGUGGUCUCUGUUAUUUAUGCUUUGAUUUGCAUCUGGAGACUGUGAAGGCAGGAGCUCCCGACCUGAAUCACCGGAAGCAGGAGUUAGGCGUCCAGCGCGUGCCUCAGCUCCACGUGCACUGAGAGAUCGUGGCACCACGAAGGGGCAAGACCUGUGAGGCCACGGGCCACCCCUGGAGCCCAGACUUGUGCAUAUUUAUGGGAAAGAAGACCCUCAGCUGGCAAAGAGCUAUUUCACUGGUGACCUUGAUUUCUCACGUUGUGCGUUCGCAAGUAUAACUGUGUGCGGAGAUCUGCUUAGAGCUGGGGUGGGGGGCGUGGGGGGUGUUCCAGGAGUUCCUGCUCAGCUUCACAGCAGCUCCAACUUGUACAUAACUCUGUGGGGCUACAUAGGAACCUCUUCCUUACUGUAUAUUUAUGCUUUC